AUGGUCACCGACAAUGAGGCAAUGGGAUGCAGUCACCAAACAUAUACGAAAACCAAAUUAUCUCAAAUGGAGUAUUACAGUUACCGCAUAUUUGAAUGCACCGAAGAAUAUUCCACCAUCUUAAGAGCCGGAAAACUAUUUCAAGAGUUCUUAGUUGAUGCAUGGGCAGCGACAGAGCAUAGUGAUAGAGGUAAUCCUAGUGUCACUGAUCGUCCUGAUUUGGUGGCUCGAGUUUUUGAGCUUAAAAGAAAAGCAUUGAUGAAAGAAAUAAAGGAAAAAAAGGUGUUCGGCACGGUUGUCGCCCAUGUUUAUACAAUCGAGUUUCAGAAAUGUGGGCUACCACAUAUGCAUGCUCUUAUAUUUUUAAAAGAUUCGGAAAAAAAUCGUACGACAGACAUGGUUGAUAGAUUUGUUUCUGCUGAAUUUCCUGAUGAGAAAAAUGACCCAAUACUAUUUGACACCGUAAGCAAAUGUAUGGUUCAUGGUCCAUGUGGAGAACGAGAUCCAGAUGCAUCAUGUAUGUCAAAAGGAAAAUGUACGAAAGGAUAUCCAAAGAAGUACACCGACACAACAACUUUGGACGAGAGUGGGCAUAAGAGCUGUAAAAAAUAUAUUAACAAAUACAUUCAUAAAGGGGGUGACCGAGCUACGAUGGUUUUGGGAGAACAUGACGAGAUUAAACAAUAUAUUGAUGCAAGGUACAUUGGAACACCUGAGGUUGUAUGGCAUUUACUUGAGUACCACUUGCAUGAAGAAUAUCCUGUUGUACAACGGUUGGCAAUUCAUUUACAGAAUAAGCAACGGGUUGUUUACAAGCAAGGGAAUCAAUGA